AUGGCUGGCCUCAAUGUGAUUAAUUACUACGCACCUUCAAUAUUUCGGUCCGCUGGCUUCACGUCGGUCAAUUCGAUGCUGUUCCUGACAGGUCUGUUUGGCCUGGUGAAGCUGGUUGCUGCUGCGGCCUUCAUGGCGAUCUUUGUACGGAUUAAGGGCAAUCGUUUCUGGCUGAAUCUUGGCUCAGCAGUCUGUGCAACCAGCAUGUUCGUCCUGGCGCUGUGUAUCUGGAGCACGGGGACAUCCAGCGCUGAAGGGCGCGGAAACCUCAGCGUCCAAGGAGUUGUGUCUGUGCUGUGUGUAUACAUUUUCUCGUUCUUCUUCGGAGUAAGUCUUGGGCCCAUCAGCUGGAAUGUUUGUGGCGAGAUAUUCCCAUCUCGGCUAUCGGCAAAGUGCUGUACGAUCACAACGUUCACGCAAUGGCUGUUCCAGAUCGUGAUCGCAAGUGUGACACCAAGGUUGAUUGCAAGUAUUGGCUGGGGCACUUACGUCGUUUAUGGCACCUGCUGUACUGUCAGUCUCGGAUGGUGCUGGGCCGCCGUCCCAGAGACGAGGGGUGUUGCGUUGGGAAGGGAGAUGGACCAGUUAUUUGAGAAGCAGGAGGAGAUGGUACCAUCCGAUACCAGCGAAGUCUAUCAGGUGGAGGAGGAAGCCAUGGUCGAGGUCAAUGAGACAAGUCCUCUCAUGUUCUCGGACCAAAGAAGGCGCAGGAGAAGCAGUGUCGCCCUGAUCGUCUAG